UGUCAAAUGAAGGCCAGUUAGUGUUGUUCCGUCCGUGCAGUGUUCAGUCCGUGUGUCAUGAUUAAAAGAGGUGCUUCGAGUCAGGAAUCCACUGCUGUCUUGUGACGCCCUCAGUGAGCUGUAAGCAGCAGCAAUAUGUCCCAACAUGCUUUGCUGUCUGCGGGAGCCAAGGCAUGGCGUUCCCUGGCCUGUCCACGGUCAGAGCUGCGACUGGACCUGACUCUUGGAUGCGGACAGACCUUCAGAUGGCGUGAGACGUCUGAGGGCCACUGGACUGGAGUGAUGGGUGGACGAGUGUGGACUUUAACCCAGACUGAUGAGACCCUAUGGUAUUAUGUUUACUGUCAGCGCAAAAACCAGGGAACAGAGAAUGGGCGGAAAAGGAGAGCAGGGGUGGAACUAGAAGCAUCAGGGAAGCGAUUAAAGGGGAAUCUUGAAGUGAAAGAGGAGGCAAAAGAAACAAGGCUCGGUGUGGUCACCUCGGAGCAUGAGAGGAAAGAAGAGGAACUUCUGAGGGAUUAUUUCCAGUUGAGUGUGAAACUGAGCGAUCUGUACAAAGAAUGGGGCAGUGUUGACCAACACUUCAAACACAUGUCUAAUACCUUCACAGGAGUGAGGAUGUUAAGACAAGACCCUGUGGAGUGCCUCUUCUCCUUUAUCUGUAGCUCCAACAACCACAUCACUCGCAUCCAGGGCAUGGUGGACAGACUGUGCAGUACACUGGGGGAUCUGCUCUGCGCACUGGACAACACACAGUACCAUGAUUUUCCCUCUAUACAUGCUCUCGCGGACAGCAGUGUGGAGGCACGUCUGCGUGAUCUGGGUUUUGGGUACCGUGCCCGGUUCCUGCAGCAGAGUGCACGUGUCAUCCUGGACUCUCAUGGGCCAGACUGGCUCUCCAGUCUCCGCAGCGCCCCCUAUCUGCAGGCCAGAGACGCACUGAGAACUUUACCUGGAGUUGGUCCCAAGGUGGCAGAUUGCGUGUGUCUGAUGUCUCUGGAUAAAUCGUGUGCUGUCCCGGUUGAUACUCAUGUGUGGCAGAUCGCGCGGAGAGACUACAGCUGUGCAGCAGGCUCAGGCCAGAAGAGUCUGACAGACAAGGUGUACAGAGACAUCGGCGAUUUCUUCAGACAGCUGUGGGGUCCUUACGCUGGUUGGGCUCACUCUGUGCUGUUCUGUGCAGAUCUGAAGAAGUUUCAAAAAUUAAAAGAAGAGGUAUCUGUCCUGGAAGAAGAGGAGCAGAAUAUGGUGGAGAAAAGGAAUAUGAAGAAAAAAAGCAAGAAGCAGCAAGUGACUGUGAAAAAAGAAGAGGAAAUUGAAUGA